AUGAUCGAUCUUGUUAUUGUUUAUCUUUCUUUUAUUGUUGGUAUUUUAUUAUUAAUUAUUGCUUUUCUCAUUUUUUAUAUUAUACACGAACGUCGAAAAACAACUAUUAUUCCAUUAGAUAAAACUAAAAGAAUAAUUCUACCUUUAUUAACUCUGAAAUCGAAUGAUAGAUCAAGUGGUGAUCAUUCAAAUUCAGCUACACGUAAACGAAUGAUAAAACGACUUCGACAUCGACCACCAACAUUAUUUAUUCGUACAGAAAAUUCACAAGGUUUUCUUCUAUCAAAUAGUGAUCUAUCAUCUAUAUCUCCUCCUAAUAAUAAAUUAAUUGAACAAAAUGAUCAAACAACUAUUCAUUUUGAUUGUUAA